GGGGACCGUGAGGGAACCGAAGGCUUUGGGGACUCCGCCCUUCCCCGAUGCGGGGUGCCCUCCUCGCCGCCGCGGCCGCUGCCAUGGGUGGCCCGGGCGGGCCCUUAGCCCGCACCAUCCGUGCCAAGCUGACCGCCGCCCUGCAGCCCACGCACCUGGAGGUCCGCGAUGACUCCCCGCGGCACGGGGGCCCCCCCGGCGCCGAGACGCAUUUCGGGGUGCUGGUGGUGAGCGCGCUCUUCGCGGGGCUGUCGCCGCUGCAGCGGCACCGCCUGGUGCACGAGGCGCUGCGGGCCGAGCUGGCCGGGCCCCUGCACGCCCUGCAGGUCACGGCCCGCACCCCCGAGCAGUGGCAGAGCGACCCCCAGAACCCCCCCGCGCCCCCCUGCCUGGGGGGGUCCAAGAGGGAGAAACGGCGCGGGGCUGGCCAGGAGGAGGAGGAGGAGGCGGCGGGGAAGCAGUGACGGCGCUGGGAGAGCCACGGGAACGGCGUGGGGAUGCUGGGACCCCCCCCCAAAAAAACUGUGUGAGGCUGCCAGGAGACCCCCGGGAACAACAGGGACCCCCGAGGAAUAACAGGACACCCCCAGGGACAACGCGAGACCCCCCCAGGAACAACAGGAACCCCCAGGAACAACGUGGGGAUGCUGGGACCCCUCAGGAACAACAGGAACCCCCCCCCCAGGGACAACGUGGAGCUCAUGGGAGCCCCCCAAAAACUGUGUGGAGCUCAUGGAACCCCCUAGGAACAACAGGAACGCCCAGGAAUAACAUAGGGCUGCCAGGACACCCCAAGAACUGUGUGAGGCUGCCAGGACCCCCCCAGGACCAAUGUGGGGCUCCUGGGACCCCCCCCAGGAACACCAGGACUCCCCAGGAAACAACGUGGGACUCCUGGGACCCCCCCAAGAACAACGUGGGACUGCCAGGACCCCCACCCAAAAACUGUGUGGAGCUCCAGGACCCCCCCAGGAACACCAGGACCCCCAAGAACAACGUGGGGCUCACAGGAUCCCCCUCAAGAACACCAGGACCCCCCCCUAGAAACACCAAGACCCCCCCCCAGGAGCAACGUGGGGCUCACAGGACCCCCCCAGGAACACCAGGACCCCCCAAAAACAAUGUGGGGCUGCCAAGAACCCCCACAAAAACUGUGUGGACCCCCCCCCCAGGAACAACAUGGGGCCCCUGGGACCCCCACCCUGGUUUCAGCAUUGGGAGGGGACAAAAAUAAUUGGGGUGACCCCCCCCCCCGUGACGCUCUGCCCCAACCCAGCACCCCCACCCUGCUCCCACCCUAUGGGGGAUUUUUGGGGUGUCCCUCCCAUUGAAUCUGCAUUAAUGAAUUAAUUUAAAUUAAAGUGUUCUGUGGGCA